GUGAAGUCAUGGCAAAGAUGGCGGUGUCUAUCGUAGAAAGUGGAGAAGACGCUUUUCGGAAAAUAUUCAAAUAUUACAAGAGAAGAAACCCUCCGCCAGAUUUCAGCGACGUCAUUGACUUCUCCAGAGGCGUUCAAAGCCAUAAGAUAGCUGCAGCUAAACUGGACCCUGGUGCAGUACGUGAUUUGGAGGCUGCUGGAGUUGGGUUAAAGCCCGUCAGUGACUGGAGGGCCUUCAGUCUACACGGUUACCCAGGGUUUGUCUUCAUCUCCAACCCCUUCCUGCUGGGCUCCCAGCCUUUCUGGGUCAGACAGUGUCUGAAGACCUAUCCUCAGAAGCCCAAUGUCUGCAACCUGGACAUGCACAUGUCUCCCUCAGAGACACAGGACAUCUGGGGCAAGAGCUUACAGGGCCUCAGUCGUGCUCCCUCUGGAAAGAACGAACCCAAGACUCUGCUGGAGCGGCUGCGCUGGGUCACUCUGGGGUAUCAUUACAACUGGGAUACCAAGACUUACUCUGCCAACCAUUACACUCCCUUCCCAGCUGACCUGCACCAGCUGUCCUCCCAAAUAACAGCCGCCUGUGGGUUUCCAGGAUUCAAAGCCGAGGCAGGAAUCCUCAACUACUACCGAUCCGAUUCCUCUCUGGGAAUCCACGUGGACGAAUCAGAACUGGAUCACAGCCGACCGCUGCUGUCAUUCAGCUUUGGGCAGUCGGCCAUUUUCCUCCUGGGAGGUACAUGCAGGCAGGACCCCCCUACUGCCAUGUACAUGCACAGUGGGGACGUGAUGAUCAUGUCGGGACAGAGCCGUCUCCUUUACCACGCCGUCCCCCGCAUUGUCCCAGCGCCACAAGGACAUACGUCAUUAGAUAUGGAGAGCUACAGUCCGGCCUCAUCCCCGCAGGACAACACUGUGGUGGAGCAGAUGCCUGAGCAGGACUGGACUGUGUGCUCCAAGUACAUCCAGAGCUCAAGAGUGAAUGUGACUGUCCGACAGGUGCUGGGGACUGGACAGAGCUUCCCAGAAACACCUUCUCAUCCCCCCUCAUCAAGGACUGAAGACCAAACAGACACGUACCAUGACAGACCAGCAGAUGGAGACGGCGUGAAGAGGAAGAGGAGCAGUAGCGGUGACUCUGAUGUUGUAAAGGCAUAAAAGAGACUACACCAAAGUGGUUAAAAAACACUGCUGAGAAUAUCUGCAUCAGAUAUCGACUUCUCCUAUGCAGCAAUAUGAUUAUGUUGGUCGUCUGGAUUAAAAAGAAACAAUACUAGGUCAAAAUGUA